AUGUCCACCAACGACCACCGCGAUGAGGACGCCUAUAUCGGCGCUGACGAGGGUGAAGAGAUUUUCCAAAAUGACGAGGAUCACCCUAUGGAGUCCGACGGUGAAGAUGAAGAUCAGCCCAUGACCUAUGACGAGCAAAUCACUUUCCAGAACGACUCAUCCGCACACUUUGAUUCCCACGCCGACUCUGUUUUCUGUGUCGCACAGCACCCAGUGCAUAACAACAUCGUUAUCACCGGAGCUGGUGAUGACACUGCCUACAUCUUCGACUCUACACCCGCCCAGCGGCCCCUUCUUCCUCAGAGCUACGAAUCAAACCCGCAGCCCCGUGAGCGCGAGUCCCUGAAGCCGCUUGGCAAGCUCGAUGGACACAGCGACACAGUCAAUGCAGUGGCUUUCACCGAGCCUGCAGGUGAAUAUGUGGUGACAGCCGGUCUCGAUGGCAAGCUGCGCGCUUGGCGCGAUUCCACACAGGAUAAGACCGGCUACACCUGGGACUUUGUCGCGGAAGCGCAAGAGGUGGAAGAGAUCAACUGGGUUGCUGUUUGCCCCUACCAGCAAGGGAGCGAGGAGAAGCGCAAUGUGAUUGCUCUGGGUGCCAACGAUGGUAGUGCCUGGGUUUUCCGCAUCGAUCACACCGAUUCUCAACCCAUUUCUAUUAUUCAGACAUUCUUCCAGCACACCGGCUCAUGCACCGCCGGUGCAUGGACUCCUGAUGGAAAUCUUCUGGCCACCGUAUCGGAAGACGGAAGCUUCUACGUCUACGAUGUCUUUGGAGCUGCUGCCGCAGCGGGUAUCUCCGGAUCCCAAGGAACCAACACUGUUGUUGCCUUGACUGCGGAGGAUCAGCGUUUCGCUGUCGACGGUGGAUUGUACACUGUUGCUAUUUCCCCCGGUGGUGGUAUUGCGGCUGUUGGUGGUGCCGAGGGCCAUAUCAGAGUUAUCGGUCUUCCCCGCCUUGCGGGCGCCGCCCCGGGCCCAAAGGGCAAGGGCCAAACAGCCCAUGCUACCACUGCCUCUGCCGCUGGCACUAUUAUUGCUGCGCUGCAAGCUCAGUCGGAUGGUGUUGAGACUUUGUCCUUCUCCCAACCCCCGCUGACACUUCUCGCUGCGGGCUCAGUUGAUGGAAGUAUUGCACUAUUCGAUGCGGCUCACCGGUUCGCGGUCCGUCGCCAUAUCAAGGAGGCCCAUGAAGGUAGUGCUGUGGUCAAGGUUGAGUUCUUGAAAACCGGCGCACCUAUUGCCCGUGGGCCUGUAAACGCCGCCGGUCAGCCCCGAUCAUGGUUGCUUACCUCUGUUGGUUUAGACGGCGUUGUUCGUCGGUGGGAUGCGCGUGGUGGUACCGCAGCAGCCGCAUAUGGCCAACUGCAAGAGUGGAAGGGACACAUGGCUGCCGUCGAAAAUGAGGACGGUGAACAGGCUGGUGGUAUCAUGGGCUUCGUUCAAGGAUUUGAUGGCAAGCGCAUUGUCACUGCUGGCGAUGAUGGCAUCUCCUUGGUGUUCGAGGAACAGUAG